AUGCCGGACUCCUUCGCCAUCCACUUCCUGAAGGUGCUGCGGGAGCUGCUGGCCUUUGUGCUGUUCAGCUACACGGUGCUGCUCGGGGCGCUGCUGCUGGCCGGCUGGACCACCUACUUCCUUGUGCUCAAAUGAGCCCUCUGCCCCUGCCCCUGCUCCCAUGGCCUUUCCAGAGGCACCCGGCUCCACGGCGCAGCUCCACACUCGGGAUGGAGGUCCCUUCCCCCUGCGCCGAACCUGCAGGAGCUCUGUGCUCUCGCUGCCUCACCGCAGUCUUAUUUUCCUGUGUCAAAACAAUAAAGGUUAAAAGAGAAAAGGUA